GUGCUUUGGGCCUUUGCUGCUGCUCCUUGUUGUUAGAGAUAGUUAUUGCAACUGCAGCCAAAAAGGGCGGGAGCCUUUGGGUAGGCCUCUGCUGGGCCUCUGGAACCGGAGGAGAGGCGGGCUUUGCUCUUUAUUAGGCCCCUGUCACAUGGCUGGAGCUUUGGAAGCUGGGUGGUGUGUGUGUGUAACGGCGUUGCCCUCCUUCCCUCGCAUACGUUCCAUUGCUGCAGAGUAACGAGAAUGGGAGUGGACUGGAUUGGUUUUGGCUAUGCUGCAUUAGUGGCCUCUGGAGGGAUGAUUGGCUAUGCAAAAGCAGGUAGUGUCCCGUCUUUAGCUGCUGGACUUCUUUUUGGGAGUUUAGCUGGACUGGGAGCUUACCAGCUAUCUCAAGACCCAAAGAACAUUUGGCUUUCUCUGAUUGCUUCUGGAACCUUAGCUGGUGUUAUGGGUGCAAGAUUCUACAGCUCAGGAAAAAUUAUGCCUGCAGGACUGAUUGCUGGUGCAAGUUUACUGAUGGUUGGGAGACUUGGACUGAAGAUGUAUGAAAAACCACACGAGGGUUAAUAGACAUUCCAAGAGGCUUGAGAUGUGAAUAAGAAGACUCAAUAUGCACCAGGUUGAAUACAGUAUGCAACAGAUUGACAGAAUACAUGCUAAAUACUAAAUGGACUAAUUUUAAAAUGCAGAAUAACAUUCUGUCUUAGUAUACAAAAAUAUGCUUCCACAUUCCAGGAAUAAGUAGUGUUUAUGAUAUGAAAAUUGGUGUUGUAACUUGUUUGUAAUUCUCUUACUCACAAGUUAAAGGCAGUUUGUGUGGUUAGGAAAGCAGAAGCAAGUUGUUGUUUUAAUGGAGAUUAUAAACUGUGAGCUAGUUGGAAAGGUCUGGCAGGAUGUAAAAUUUACUGCUCUUCUGGAGGAAGACAGCAAACAAUAUGAUCAGGCUGAGCUUCCUUCUAUUUCUGGUCCCAAUUGUCUUAUUGUAAGUUUCAGCAUAGACCUUUACAGUACAUGCUAGCACAACCACCACCAUUACUUGCCAAAUUUAUAUACCAAGAUCACUUAAGGGCCCGAACAGACAGGCCCAAAUAAAACUGCUUUGGGUCAUUUUGUAGGUAUACUGUUUAAAUGCUGCAUGUGUCCUAAGAGGCCGGAAGUUGUACUAAAGUCACGCUCCAGUCCUAAAGACUGGAGCGCAGCUUUGGCACAGCUUCUGGCCUCUUAAGAUGCGUGUGUCAUUUAAACAGCAUACUUCCAAAGUGACCCAAAGCAGCUUUAUUUUGAUCUGUCUGUUUGGGGCCUAAUUUAGGAGGAGCCCCAUGCUACUUUCCCCCAUGUAGUGAGUUUAAGAAAACUGUGGUCCUCUUGUGAUGGUGUUGGACUCCAGUUCCCAUCAGGCCCAACCAGGCCAGGCAGUGCUUGUAACCAAGACCACAAGGACAGACACAGUUUCUUCACUUGACUCAUAUAGGAUGUCGCCAUCUCAAGUUUCAGAGGAUGCAGCAGCUCCAACAUAACCUGAAAAGUUUUCAGUUAUAGGCUUGUUUCUGUAUGAUAGUGCUUUUUCUUUCUGUGUUAAGUAAAAUGCCACUGAGAAGGUAUAUAUAGAGAUAUAAUUAUGAUUGUCAAAAUGAUUUUGAACAGAAUAGAUGAAACUUUUUCAUUCUUCUUCCUCAAACUGCUUUUUAAAUCAAUAGAAAGUGUUGAAAUGCAGUUGUAGAUCAUGUAUCCAUGUCUUGUUUUCUUAUUUUUUUGUAACAGAUGAGGGAAAAUAUUGAAUUCUAUGCAUAUAUUAUUUUUCUUAAUACCAUUAAAAUCUACCCAGCCUA